GAUGACGCAGAAUCGACGUCCCCGAAACAAUUCUGAGCCCAAUUUUAGUUUGCAAGCCAUCUGUGUUAUUAUAAGUUCAGAAUCAGACUCGGCGCAGGUAUUCAUACUGGGGGAAUCCGAUGAGCUAUAAAGCAAUUGUUUUGUCACCGAUGUCCAGUAGGAGCGGGUAAGAACGUUACAACAAAUUACAAAAAUAAGAUAGGAGUGCAAAGUACAGGAUAGGUCAACAAAUCACCCAAACAAAUACAAAAUAAAACGAAACCAUCCCCAUCUCGUGUUUCCUGCAGUCCCCAUUCCCACUGGACGUAAAAAAAUCUGAAAUUCUGAAAUGUGUUUUUUGUCCUGUGUACAAACAAACGAGUGCACGCGUCGAACACAAUCGGCGUAUAUCGAUCGCCAAUAAACAGAUCAUCGGGAUACAAAUCGCUUCAAUGAAGAAACGACUGAACGAGUGAGUUCGUGAUCGAUCUCUGAGUUCUUUAAUCGAUUCGCCCGGUGGGUUGGAGGCCGCCCCACGAGCGCCCCCUGACGUCGGUCAAAGCGUGGCCCUCCUCCUCCCCCUCCACACAUCCACAUCGCCACCCUCCUACUCCUCGUCCGCAGCAGCAGCUCUUGGGGAGAAACUCCGAGGAGGCCGGUGAACCAAAUUAACAUGGCGGAGACAGAAGACACCAGGAACGCCGGGGGCGAUCACACUGAGGGCCCCCCUGGUGGAGCAGGAGCAGGUGGAGGAGGAGCAGAAGCAGGUGGAGGAGGAGCAGCAGCAGCAGCGGCACCAACCGUGGCUCAAUUCCUACUGUCAAACAAGGUAGAGUCAGCCAUGUGGGUAUCCAGGUUGUCCACCGUCGUGUCGUCCAUCCUCUUCUUCAUCCCUCUGCUGGGGACGGGCCAGGCGAGUGCAUGGUUCCAGCGAGCGCUGCUCUUCUCGGCGCUCACAAGCGCACUGCGCCUACAUCAGCGGCUGCCACACCCGUCACUGAGCCGCGUCUUUCUAAGCCAGGCGCUGCUUGAGGAUUCGUGCCACUACCUGCUAUACUCGCUCAUCUUUGUCAACGCCCAGCCCAUCACCAUGAGUUUGCUUCCCGUGUUCCUGUUUUCGCUGCUGCAUGCAACGGCGCACAGCUUCAAAGUGCUUAACAUCCUGGGCCCUGGCUCGAUGCCACUUGUUCGCUCCUUCCUGACACGGGUGUCUGCGCAGCAGCAGAACAUCCUGAAGCUGGUGGCGUGCAAUGAGAUCUUCCUCAUGCCUGCCACGCUACUUAUGCUCUUCAGCGGCCACUGCAGCCUGUUCCUGCCCUUCUUCUACUACCGCUUCCUGACCCUGCGAUACGCAUCCCGGCGCAACCCGUACUGCCGCGUGUUGUUUUCUGAGCUGCGAAUGGCAGUGGAGUCUGCAACAGCGAACCCGUCGUGCCCGGCGGUGCUACGCUCGGCAUCUCAGAGAAUCAUCGGCUUCGUCAGCCGCCUCGCUCCGCCCGUGCAGCCCUAGAGCAGCCCUAGAGCAGCCCCCGCUCUGCGCACACAAACACACACACACGAUAUACACACACAUACACUUUAUACACACACAUGCAUACACCAUAUACGUGCAACAUAUACACACACACACCAUAUCCACAUACAUGAUACACACGUAAUACAGACAAUAUACACACAUACAUACAAAGACAUACACAGACAAAGAUCCCCUGUGUAACCUUAACAGCACCUAUGAAGGCCAGCACAGUACACGAGGGGGUGCGUGGCUAACACCACGCCUGACCGCUUUUGUCUCCCCAGUGGCAAUGUUUUUACACACCGCACCAGGUACUCAUUUGAGUGAGUCCACCUAGGAGAGGCCCAGGACCUGUUCAGAUCAUCAUCACUGGUGUUGGCCACGAGCGGGAAUCGAACUCGUAGCGCAGUGCGCUAAUCACUACACUACCGCUCCCGACAUACAUACAAAUAUCGGUUCAUGCAUUAAUACACAUACAUAUACAAACAUAUCCACACACACUUUAUAUGUACAUAUGCUGUAGAUAGUCCAUACCUGUCAACCCCUUAUGAGUACCUGCCUUAUUUCAGACCAAUUCAGACUUGAUUGGUCACCCCGUGCCCUUAUAAGUAUCAAUGUUCAUUCUACAAAGUCCCAUCACAAGGGAGAAACACAAACAAAUAGACAAAAACAUGUUUGCCCAUAUUGAAACGGCUGCACGCCAUAUGGGCCUGAAAACUCCCCCUGUACAAGAAUUCAGGUAAACCGUAUGGGUUGACACGUAUGAGAUACACAUAUGCACAUACACCAAAUUCACACGUUCACACACAUGUACACGUAGAUAAAUCAUGUACACACCAUAUAAUAUAAUUACAUAAAUAGACACUGUAUACACGUAGAUACACACAACAGACAGACGCCAUAUACAAAGAUACAUCCUCCAGUAAUUCAUAAUUGUCACCAUUCGGGGUGGGAUUCGAUUCAAGAAUCGAUUCUAUGUAAUUUUUACCAUCUUAUUUUCAUUUUUUCUCAUUUAUUCCAUCUUGUCUGUACAGUCUUGCACACUCCAUUAGCCUAGCACAUAAUUUGUCCAAAUCGUAAAUAAUAGAUUCUUAUAUGCACGGUUCGAUACAUGCAGCGUGAGUUGAAAAAUCUUAAUAUAUGAAUAAUUGCAUUUUCAAAAUGCCUAAUUAUAUCCAUAUCCUGCGUGCAGAUAAAUGCACAAAUGCAUACACACAUGCACCAUGCAACUAUUCACAUUGUUACAUCAUACGUCGUAUGUGUGUAUUUGUACUAUACAUGAAAGUCGAUGUAGAUGCGGAAUUAGAUAAAUUAUACAGCGUGCGAUGUGCUACAGAAGCAUGAACUGCUGGUCUCGGUUGUGCUUAUCUAGUUUUGCCAGUGGGUUGUAACACCUUACUACACGAUACUACCUUCCUCAAUCGGAAUAAGCAAGUUCAAGGCUCGGCAUUGUCUGCUUCUGUAUAGCAUCCAGAAGCACACGAUCAAAAUUUCAUAUAGACAUACAUAUAUAUGCACAAACCACAUUCACAUGUACCAUGUAAGAAUUCGGUGCACAAACAUGGACACAUCAUAUACACUAGUAUACCGCACAGACCAUACACCGCUGCACAAACUAUAUACCAGAGGUUCACCUGGGGGGGGGGGGGAGGGUGCAAAAGGCAGUUGCCUCGCCUGCUCCCCCCAAAAUGUUCCUUACACAUGCAUUUACACACCAUAUAUACACAUACACAUCGCUACACGUAUAAACCCAUACACAAUCAUGCACACAUGGAUACACAUACAACCCAUAUACACACUCGUAAACCCAGCUCCUCACAUACCAUGCGCCAUGACACUUAAAACCAUAUACCCAGAGACAUGCAAAGACUACCAGUAUAAGCACACUCACACAACACAUAGCUAGAUGCACUUAGAUGCUCCACACCACAGUCAAUAUCCCUACAUCCCCCCCAUACACUACGUACACCCAAAUGCCUAAACCCACACAUCGCUCACAGAAGGCCUCUUGGCCGCAGCAACACACCUUGCAGCAGCAACUCUCUAUUGCUCACACCUUGCACAUAGACACCAAGAUGCUCAUCCCGCACAGAAGUCCAGUCAUCACCCCCUGCAUCCCUUGAACCUCAUGCACCCUAGCUCCAGACCCUGCCUUCUGAUUAAUCACCCAGGACCAAACCCCAUUCCCAGCUAUUUAAGUCACUGCUACGAACACACUAAGCUAUUUUGUGUGUGUGUGUGCAUGCUGCACACACUUGUAUGUGCACGUGCGAUCCGUCAGUGUUCCUGCACGUGUACCCCAAGAUGUGUACGUGUGUCUGUACUUGUGUGUUCACAAACGCAUGUGUCUUUGUGCUUAUUAGUUCACUAAUGCACGUUCGUUUGUGUUCGUGCAUUCACAAAUACACGUGUGUCUUUCCAGCGUGCACAUUCACAGACGCGUGUGUAUUCGUGCCCAUGCUUUUCUGCAGCAGCCCGCUGAAUCACUGCCGGUGUAGCCAUCGAGGUUAAAGUUUUACGUGGGCUGGACCCUUCCCUUGAUAUUGCUGUACACAGGCCCACGUGUGUGUCCAUCACUUUCAAAGUGUGGCCUCUAAAAUGCCGAAGCCUAUUUUCCUUGACAUUAAAAUCAUACAGAGGUAUCCCCAGGCCCAUGUGUUCCCACAAUCUGGCAGACGGAAGGAAGUAAUGGUAAGGUGUGGUGGUGUGGUGGCAUCACCGGCAUUGUCCAUGCAUUCUUUAUCGAGGCCGAAUAGCUGUGAUAAGCGUGCGCCUUUGGACCACUCUCUUAAGACAGGGUUGGUGAGGGGAAGCGGAUUUUAAAGGCUGCUUGCGCAAUGUUACAGAUGAUGGGCGGUUGGGUAACUCAGGGGUUCUCAGUUUGACGGUUUAUGGACCGCUGUGGGAGAACAAGCAUCCGGGGAUCUGUAAAGAGGGUUAUGGGUUUGUGAAAUGCUAAGGGUUUCAUGAAGAAAAAACAAGCUCUGUGCCUGAUUCAUGUGUUCCCCCUCUCCCCUCUACAAUUUAAUUCAUUGGUGUUAGUCUUAAAUACGUUUUGUUUUUGCUAUACAGUACUGUAUGACUAUACAAAUUGCUCACUACAAUGCAGUUUUGAUUGUGGCUGUCUGAUCGCGUGACCGAGCGACACCUCAAAACCCAAAGGUAGCGAAUUCCCUUCCGUGGUCAAUUGGACCCAUAUAUUAACACCUCUGUAGGGUCGAAACAAUGAGUGAGUUGCUCUUGAAUUGAAGUCAGCUCUGGUUUCCCUAUGCAGAUACUGGUCCCUGUCAGAGGAAUGUGGAAUUUCCACCAGCUGGCUCGAGACUGUCAAUGGCGAUGAGCAUAGGCCAACACUCAUUUGAGCAGGAAGACAAUUUUAAUCUUUGGAAAGUCUCCUCGGUUUGGUUGAGGAGGUUGAAAAACCUAAGGUAGCGAGCAUUUAAUGCAAUUCUGUCCGACCAGGACCGUGGUAGGAAUUUAACUUAAAACAAGCUUCACGAAAUUAGCAUGCAGUUGUGUUUUGAGUUUUCUUACUCUUACACUGGAAGAAUUGAUUUUUGGUGAUUAUUGUAAGGAUGGUAAGAAUAAAAUGUUGACAUUUAAAAUUAA